GUGGUACUUCAGUGUCCUUUGACGAAUGGCGGAACUUUGCUUCGAAGAUGAAGGAGGAGUUGAAGCGCUUGGGCAUCCAAGCCACAGCUGAAGUGGACGCAGCGAUGUCGAACAUUUUAUCCAACGCCUGCGCUGGCGAAUGGGCCUGGCCCAAAGGCCUGGCUGUCCUGCAGAAUGAACGGCUUCGAGGCGGAGGCAGAUCCCUCCCUGGAUUCAGUGCUGUGAUGCAAUCCCUGCAGUGGUUGACAGCGGCGGAUGCUGGGCCAACACAACGUGAAUCCUCCCAUUCCGCAGUGCCCGUGGCGGCCAUGGUCGGUGAGUCUGAUGGCAUCAGCGUGGAGCUGGUCAGCUUGCAGGGGAAGAGGCAGAAAUUCGAUGUGUCUCUUUCCAUGACUGGCCGGCAGCUCCGACAGAUGAUCAGUGCAGAGCUGCCGUCCAAGGCAUUGGAUCUUCUGAAGUUCUUGGAGAGGGCAAAUUUUCCUCCAAGCUCUCAUGCGCUCGCAGCAGUACUUGGUGAAGUUGCUGAAGUACCUGAAGUGGAGGUAGCAGUUGCAAACGGUGUAGAUCCCAUGAAACUUGGCCUUCAGGACAUGCAACCAAGACUGGCUUUGGCCGCCAUCGGACAGACCGAGACCAAUGUUGAAGAGGCCGAAUCCAGUUUGCAAGGUGAGCAGUUGGAUGCAUUGUCACAAUUCAAUGUGGUCACAGCAUCCGUAGGCUCAGAUGGAUGUGAAUUGCCCCCACAACAGGUGGGUGUACCGUACCAAAGCAAUCUAGGUGCCACCGAAGCAUCCGAAGAUGGUGGUGAACCAUCAGACAUGCCCCCACAACCGGUGGGUGUACCGUCCGAACGUAAUGCAAAUGCAGCCUUUUCCCUUUUCCAGUCAUUGGGAGAUGCAGUACCCCUAAACAAUGCAGUGGCAGUAGGUCCAUCAAAAGUCGGUGUUACCACAGCAAAAAUGCCCCCACUCCCAGUGGGUGUAUCGUCCAACAUCAAUGUAGAAGCCAAAGUAGCAUUGGGAGAAGCCGUAGAUUCAUUCCAAAUGCCCCCACCACCAGUGGGUGUACCGUUGCCCCCACCACCAGUGGGCGUACCGACCGAGAGCAAUGCAACUGCCAUACUUCUCACAUCUCCCUCGAUGGGAACAUCAGUACAUGGUGAAAGAGCCUUCAAUUUGCCCCCACAGCAGGUAGGUGUACCGUCCAAAAGCACUGCAGAUGCCAUGGAAACCAGUGAAGAAGUAGGACCAAGUCCCACGCCCCCACAACCAGUGGGUGUACCGUCCAAAGGCAUUGCAAUCAGCAUGAAAGCAUCCGAAGAAGGGGAUACGUUUUCACAAUGGGGGGGUGUAAGGGUCGAAUGCAACGCAGAAAUCAUUCCAUCCAGAUCCAGAUCCAAAGUAAGCAAAGGAGAUGUCAUGGCAAUCACAGGCCAAGGCAUAGGAUCACAUCUUACGCCCCCACAUCCUGUGGGUGUACCGACGGAAAGCAGAGCAAACGCCACAGAAGCAGCAUUUGCACCCAAGCCAGACAAAGAACCAUCCUUCAUGCCCCCACAACCAGUGGGUGGAACUAUCGAAAGCAAUGCCGCAGCAAAAGCAUCCGGAGUCCUAGCAUCCAGCUUGCCCCCACGUCCGGUGGGUGUACCGGCCGAAAAUUGGGCAGAAGGCACAAGUGAGUGUUACCGCGCCAGCGGGUCAAUUCACAUGUUCAGCAGCAAAGCCAGACCGAAACCCACAUGCAGUGCCAGGUUCCAAGAUAGUAGAACAAAAUCAGAAGCCGUGCACAUGCACGGCAAGCAGCAACCAAGCAACGGCAAGCAUGUAGCAGAAAAAGAACGGACUGCAAGCCAUGCAAUGAAAGCCACACAAGCAAUUGAAACCACCCUAGGAGAGCUCACUAAGGGAGGUGACCAGCCUGCCAAGGAGGGGAAGAGGAUACCAGCAUUGCAAGCGAGGAGCAACUCUGAAGGAGUUCUUUCCAGAGAUCAAAGUGGGCUACCAAGCAAGUCAAGGAUGGACAAAGAGCAUACAGACAACGCAAUGAACAAGCUCAUCGGACCGCCAGAGCAUGAUCUCUUACAAGCACGCAUCAUUGCAGAAAAGCAGCAGAGGAACAGCAGCAAAACUUUUGCAAAAGGUAAGAUUUACAGACUUGACCAGAUUGGAACCUCCAAGCCGAUCCCAUGUCAGAGCCAUCUACAAGGUUUUCAUAAGCAAAUUCCCCAAUUGGCUCAGAAUACUAGGGAGAUUUUGCUCUGGCAACAACUGGGUUGGGUAGCAGUGGAUGAGAUGAAGUUCUACAUGGAAAUGGCAGCCAACAGCUAUCCGGGGGUGUUUCAGUCACCAUUGGUCAUUGGCAAUUCAGUCAGCAUGGGCGAAAAAAGUCACGCAGCGUUGGUCAAGCAUCUCUUGGACAUGGAGUUCUUUCCGCUGAAUCCGCAGGCCAUGGAUGGAUCUCAAAGCACGAGCCAAUGCGUGCAAGCCGCCUAUACGCUUGGUGUUAGCAGAGGUACGGAAUUCGAGUUUGCAAUGAAGAUGCUGAAGCCACACAUGAAGCACACCGACCAACCAGGACUGCAAUGGUUGGUUCAAAGCGCAGUGAAUCCAGAAAACUGGAUCUACCAGACCAACAGUGGGAACAUCUUGAUCAGUCCUGAAUCCAAUCAGCAGCAACCAGUUCCGCAGCAGUCAUCAGUCAUUGCAUCCAAAAAGACGUACCAAAGCCUGAUCAGAGCCGACCAGGCGAGUUCAUCCGCGCCGGCAGCAAGCGAAGAUCCUUGGCUCCACAAAGAUCCAUGGCAGCCAGCCCACAGCACAAUGUUAAGCUCUCAGCUCAAAAUGAUUGAGACCAACUUGGAGAAGAAAAUCAUCAAGCAAUUGCAUGAGGAUGACAAAAUGGAUGUUGACAGUGAUCGCCGAAUGACAGAGCUUGAAAGUAGGGCAACUCACAUCCGAAUUUGGACCACUCCUGACCCGAUGGAGUGGCUAUGCAACCGCAAGCCGAAUACUCGGGAAAAGCCAUUUGAUCGCCGAGCUGCCCAGAGGAUGCCACAGAUCGCAUCUGCCAGCAUGUCACCCAAAGACUUCUGGAACAAUCCAGUGGAUGAAUCUUUCUUCAAAGACCACGCAAUAGUGUUUGCCAAGCUAGCCAGCUUAGGCAAACGCUUAAAAAGAAGAAACGAAGAGCAGCCAUUGGACCAGACGGAGUGGCAAGGGAAGAUCUCCUCCGCAUGGCCAACAGCCUUACUCAACAACUUCUUGAUAUCUUUAGUGAUAUUGAAAAAGGUCACCAAUGGCCGUCACAACUUGUGCAAGGAGCUCAAAUCCAGGCUGGUUGAAGCAUGGCACAAGCAUGUCAUGGGUUGUUCUCAAAAUCGCAAGACGUUUGCCGGAGCAGCAUUCAUGAGCCCCGGCCUGACCACACUGAAUCUGCGGAAGAUGGAACCAGAGCAGCAAGCUCUCCUGAGAGCGGCCUUGAACGGCACUUUCUACACCGCAGAUAGAUUAGAGCACCGAAAUGGUAAUCAGUCGACUAAGUGUAGAUUUUGCAAUGCUGAGGACAGCCAAACUCACCGCCGUUGGCUGUGUCCAUACUUCCAACAGUGCCGACAACACUUGGCAGAGGAGCAGGUGACAGCAGUACUUGAACUGCCAGCAGCCAAUCACGGAUGGAUUCCUGAGCCGCCAUGCUUGCUAGUUUUCCGCACGCAGUGCAUGCAAAUACCAGAUGAGACCAGGCAUGUCGCCUGGCCACAAAACUUGGAAGAAGAACUGCACUUUUUCACUGACGGUUCAUGUUUGGCACCAACAAGUUCGACAGACCGCACAGCCAAUGCGGCAUUUUGCCGUUUUCCAAAUUUGAUGCAGACCUGGGCAGAGGUGUACCGCGAUGUCAUGGUAUUUUCCAUGUUGGCUCACGCAACUGUGGAUGGAGUAGCUGUCCCUCCCAGUUUGCUGCCGACUCUACAGUCUGCUUUGUUGGCCGCAGCUGCUUACCGGCAUCCGGGCAUGGAGGCUCCCCUACGGCUCUUUACCAACACCAGCAACAGACAGGUCUGUCAGGCCAUCGAAAGCUUCGGAGCCGGGACGAAGCGAUGGUUGAAGGUGGCGGGAACACAGAAGGCCAAGGUCUUGGAAGCAGUCGUGGCAGGGGGAGUUCAGCGGCCGACCCAGAUCUUGGAGAUCGGUACUUAUUGUGGUUAUUCCGCCCUGCGCAUGCUCCUCGCCCUGCAACGCUCCGUUCCUCCGCCGUUGCUGCACAUUGACAGCUUGGAGGCGGAUGCUGUCCACGCGGCGGUGGCAUGCAAUGUGCUGCAAGUGGCAGGAGUGAGCUCGGAUCAAAUCCGGAUUCACAUUGGACACAGCAAGAGUUUGCUGCCAUGCUGGCCAGCUGCGCAGUUUGGUGCAGUCUUCAUGGAUCAGCGUGGUUCACGCUAUGAGGAGGACCUAAGUAUCCUGGAGCAUCGUCAGCUGUUGGCCCCGGGCGCUGCGAUCAUCGCGGACAAUGUGCUGAAGCCGGGCGCGCCGCGGUUUCUGUGGAAACUCACGGGGAGGCAUCGCCAAGACCAUUCCGAAUAUCAUCUGCAAAUUCUAAGCUUGCAGGAGUUCGCCAUGCCGUUCGAAGACUGGAUGACCGUCAGCAUACGAAAAGCGUCGCCGCUGGAGGCUUCAGGCAGCGAGGAGGUGCCUGAGAAGAUUAUGGAACUGCAUCACUUGGCUGAAGCUAUGAGAGAUUUGGCCAGUAAACCAG